AUGAUGGAGACAAACAAGACUGUGGUGACAGAAUUUAUUCUGACAGGGCUUACAGAUCGUGCAGAGCUGCAGACCCCCCUAUUUAUCGUGUUUUUAGUAAUCUACCUAAUCACCAUGUUGGGAAACCUUGGACUGAUUGCCCUCAUCUGGAAGGACCCCCAUCUUCACACGCCAAUGUACUUAUUUCUUGGUGGUUUAGCCUUUGCAGAUGCUUGUACUUCAUCUUCUGUGACUCCCAGGAUGCUUGUCAAUAUUUUAGACAAAAGUCAGAUGAUAUCCCUCUCUGAGUGCAUGGCCCAAUAUUAUUUUUUUGGUUCCAGCGCAACCACAGAAUGUUUCCUCCUGGUAGUGAUGGCCUAUGACCGCUAUGUUGCCAUAUGUAACCCUUUACUUUAUCCAGUGGUGAUGUCCAACAGACUGUGCACUUGCUUAAUAAGUAUUUCAUAUGCAGUUGGUUUUUUGCAUCCUGUCAUUCAUGUAGGAUUAUUAUUUAGAUUAACUUUCUGCAGGUCCAAUAUAAUACAUCAUUUCUACUGUGAAAUCUUGCCACUAUAUACAAUUUCUUGCACUGAUCCAUCCAUUAAUGCAUUGGUGGUUUUUGUUUUUGCUGCUUUCAUACAAGCUUUUACUUUUAUGACCAUCAUAGUCUCUUAUACUCGUGUCCUUUUUGCCAUCCUGAAAAAGAAGUCUGAAAAGGGCAGAAGUAAAGCCUUCUCUACGUGCAGUGCCCAUCUGCUCUCUGUCUCUUUGUUCUAUGGUACUCUCUUCUUCAUGUAUGUGCGUCCUGGGUCUGGUCCAAGGAAAUAUCAGGAUAAAAUGUACUCACUGUUCUACACAAUUAUAAUUCCUUUACUAAAUCCCUUUAUUUACAGUCUAAGAAACAAAGAAGUUUUAAGUGCACUGAGAAGAGUUAUAAAGAAAUAA